GCGCCUUUCCUGGCUGUCGGAAGCUGCGGACUCGUCCGGGCUGUUGGGGUCCCUGGCGCCAUGGCGUCCGCGUACUCAGUCCGAGCCUUCCCAGUCAGCAUCCCUGCGGUGAUCAUGGAGACAGACUGGACAGAGCCAUGGCUCUUAGGACUCCUCGCCUUCCACCUGCUGUGCCUCCUUCUCACAUACUUCUCCUCACAGAGGUAUAAACUACAGAUCGGGCACUUCCUGUGUCUGGUAGUGCUAGUCUAUUGUGCCGAGUACAUCAACGAAGUGGCCGCAGUGAACUGGAGAUUGUUUGCAAAGUAUCAGUACUUCGACUCCCGGGGAAUGUUCAUUUCUCUUGUGUUCUCUGCGCCGCUGCUCUUCAACGCCAUGGUCAUUGUGAUUAUGUGGGUACGGAAGACUUUGACUGUGAUGACGGACCUGAAGACCUUACAAGAGGAAAGAAAGGCGAGGAGGAGGAGGAGGAGGAAGGAGGAGUAAUGCUAGACUGCGGCUGUGCACCGCCACGUUUGCCCUCUGACUUGGUGGUUUCCAAGCUGGGAGCUGCACAUGGCCCAGACGCCUCCCGUCAGCCGACUCCUGGUUUGGAAAAAGGUUCUUACAGCUUAGCACACCACAAAUGGUUCUUAAUUAAGAGUUUACUCUGUUUGGGGCCCCCAUUCAAGCUCAUUGAAUGGGGACCCCCUCCUUUACAUGAUGGGAACUUUCUGGGUCAGCCACUUCAGUCACAGCUUCUCACAAGUUGCUGGUAGAUCUCUUUAUGUAACUAGAGUUCAUGAGGUUUUAAGUGUGGAAACUUGGAAAUAAAGAGCUCCAUUCUACUGGGACCACUACCUGCUCCUUCUGUUUCUAGCCUGUAGCGGUGGCUAUCAGCUAAGGGUGGCUUGUUCCCCCAGGAACUCUGCUGAUGUUUGUCACCGCAGGUGGACAUGGCACUUGUGUCCAUAGGACAGGGCCAAGGAUGCUGACGUCCUAGAGGGCACAGGACAGCCCCACCAUGGAGUAUUGCUGUGUAUAUAAUGUCAGCAGUACCCAGGCUGAGGGAGCGGUGAGGCAGGUCUGGGGAAGAAUGCGGUGUGUUUCAGUUCCCAUGAAGCCAGGCCUCUAAAUAAUUGAGUUGGGGCUAUGCCACUAGAAAUGUUUUGUUUAAAAAUAUUAAGCUAGAAUGAAAGCUGUAAAGUCAAGACUCUGUGGAAAAUAGUAUGUCAAAUGAACCGUUUGGUCUUGUUUUUUCUGGAUACAGAGUUAUAAAUACCUGCGUGCUCUGUGAAUGGCUUAGCUGUUUCUACCCAGACUGUGACAUCUUAUGUGGUUGGGGGCUGGCAAACACAGCAGGGUGUAUUGUCACCUGUGCCUCUGUUUUGUCAGACACCCUUGGUUUCUGUAGAAUCUGGAGCAAUAAAUCUGUAGAGAUUACAAAUGACUGAGACCCAGACUUAGAGACAGUAAGAAAUAUUAUACGCUCUUGGCUUUAGUUUAAAGAAAUAAUUUGUGAAUUAUUUUCUUUAUUUAAUAGGAUUUUUUCCU